UGUACACAGAAAGGAUGCUUCCUGGAGAGAAUUCAUGAAACAGCACCACAUAAGUCCAACCCGAGAAUUCAAUCAUGAGCUCCUGAAUUUGUGUAUCCCAGUUACCUGGCCCAGUAAAUAUACACAUAAAUGCAUAAUUCAUUCGCAUCUGCUGUUGAAACUCACAACAUUACCAAGUAUGUGGUAGAGCUAUUAUAACAGAUUUACAUGGUAUAUUCUCUCUUAAGGAACUGAAAUCAUAGAGCUUCAAAAAAACUGAAGCCUCAGAGCAGGAAGGAAGCAUACAACCCAUAUGAGGAAGGGAUCAGUUCCUCAAAACUGUGAGUUUUGAGUCAUCCGGUUUCUUUAAGAGCGCUUACUCUUCCUGUAUAUACAAUGAGAAUAAGACUGUUCGAAAGAGCAGGUUUAAAAGUCUGGAGUCUAAUCCGCACUCUGCACAGCCCUAGUUUCCUAGAACUCGGGAUGCUGCUUCCUCUGCCUUACACAGGCAGCACGGGAAGACUUGGAGGAAAAAAAGCAGACAAAAGCCUGUGAACCUGAAACUAACCACAGCCUCUGUUCUCAGUGGGAGCCCCAACACUGAGACCAGGUAAGGACCCUCAGUGCUGGGGUGAAGGACCAGGUAAGGACCCUCAGGGCAGUAAAGAUGGCUGGGAAGUAGUGGUCAAAUAGAUAGAGGGUAAAUAUUUCAGGAGAAAAGAGGGAAAAACCAGGUUUCUGACAUGAGAGUCAUCAAAUGCAUGAGCACAGGUCAAAGGGAAUGCAUUGCUAGUGCGUCCCUCAUAUUUCUUGUCAUGGGGCUUCAAGUUCUUCAUAGAACCUUCAUAGAACCAGAUUCUCACACAAACUCUGUGAGAAAGAAGAUUUUUUUUUUAAAAAAAGGACUAUGAAAUCUUAAAAGGCAGAAUAAAAAUCUAAAUCAUUAUGAUUAAUAAUUUUGCUCUUAUUGUUUCUUCUACUAUAAUUCUCUUCCCUCUUUCUACACAGAAAAGAUGAUGCUAUGCUUUCCUCUCCUCCUAUUGCUGCUGGAACUGUGGGGACCAGUGUGUCCGCUUCGUGUUCAGCCUAAGGAUCUCACCAAGGCUCAUUGGUUUGAAAUUCAGCAUCUACAGCCAAAUCCUCUUCAAUGCAACAGGGCAAUGAGUGGCAUCAAUAAUUAUACUCACCACUGUAAGCCUCAAAACACCUUUCUGCACGACUCUUUCCAGAACGUGGCUGCUGUCUGUAAUUUGCUCAACAUUGUCUGCAAAAAUGGUCGGAACAACUGCCACAAGAGCUCCAAGCCUGUCAACAUGACUGACUGCAGACUCACUUCAGGAAGGUAUCCUCAGUGCCGCUACAGGGACGCUGCCCAAUACAAAUUCUUCAUUGUUGCCUGUGACCCCCCGCAGAAGAGCGACCCUCCCUAUCAUUUGGUUCCUGUACACUUAGAUAGUAUUGUCUAAGGUCUCCAUGACUUUUUCUCUUAUUUGACACAGGUUGUCUUGCAAUUUCUUCUGCUUUUUCUUUUGUUAAUUUCCUUAUUCUCACAGAAGAAGGAAGGAAGGUGUUGGGAGAAUGAGAAUGCCUAGGAUACCAGACCAGAGUUGGGACAAAAAGAAAUAGGAUUCUUUUCUGCUUUGGAGCUCUGUGUGUUUUGAGGGAAGGCAAUGGGGAAGAGGACAAGGAAGAGUUCAGACCUCCAGAUUUCUAACCUCGCAACAUUUGCCAAGCUUUAUUGCACUGUGUUCACAGCAAUAAAACCACUUCCUGCUGCA